UGCAGCAGUAUCUCAGUAUCUCUCGGCUCGCUUGGAAGACGGAAGCAGUCCUCUCUCUCUCUCUCUCUCUCUCUCUCUCCCUCUGUGUCCCCCCUCAGUCUUGGACUGGCUGUGGUCUCUGAGCGUCCAGGUGAAUCUAAAGCUUGCUAAUGGACACAGCCGUGGACAGCAGCUCUGGUUUUUCCUCUCGACGGUGAAACUAACGUUAACCGGGCCAACAAGCCGUCACAGUGACGCUUGCGCGUGUUUCUUCUUCCUCUUCUCCUUCUCCUCCUUCUUGUUCCUCUUCCUCCCCCCUUUCUUUUCUAUCUGCGCGUCUUCUGGAACAGAAGUCCUGCCCGGGAAGUUACGGACGAAACGCGGAUAAAACCACCACGAGUCGCCAUCUCCAGUUGGCACGAGGCGCUCCGACUCGAAGCAUUUCUUCUUCUCUGAGGUGGCUCUGCUCUAACAGGACACCCCUCUGCCCCUCCAACAAGGAAACCUCUCCCCGAUCAGAUCGAGGCUCCUGAGAAAUGAGCUGCCAAUGAAUCACCACCAAGGUCAUCAGUCAUCUCUACGCGGUCUUCCAGAAGGCCAGACCUCCUCGCCAACAUGAAAGGGUUGGGUACCAGCCGUAACAGACACUUCAACGACUCCUGUGAACCGCCCUCGGGCCAUCCGGAGGCACUCUACUCUCAGAAGACCAGCACUCUGCCGCGCAGCCCUUACCUGCUGAGCCCGACAAUGGACCACUACGGCACCAUGGACCCCCACCUCUAUCCUUCCGCCAAUCCAGGCUCCCUCCCACCGGACUGCAUGCUGCCACUCAACAACCAGAUGUCCAACAGCAGCACCUUCCCUAGGAUUCACUACAACUCCUACGACCAGUCUGACUUCUCCCCACCCGGAGACAGCAUCGGGGGGAUAAGUACAGGGACCAUGGGCACGUCCAUGUCCAUGGGCCCAGGCAUGGGAACGGGCAUGGGCAUGGGCAUGGCAGGGCUAAGUGGACGAACACCUAUGAUCACCAGUGGCUCAGCAACUAUAUCACAUCACAUGACCAAGAACCAGGCACCGACCAGUCUGUUAGAGUUUGACAAGCAGCUACCCGGAGGCCAUGACGGAUUCAGCACGCUGCAGUUCCAUCGAGCGUCUGCCGUUGCUGCGGGGAAGCAGCACGCGGACAGUCCUGGUCGGAUCCGCUACAUGCUGCAUUCAGUGCAGAAACUCUUUGCAAAGUCCCAAUCGCUGGAAAGCCAAAACAUGAAAGGCAAUUUCAACGGGCGCUCCACCGGCAGUGGUGGCGGCUCGUCCGGCACUGAGGAUGGAGGGAAGCAGAAUCGCAGAUCCAAAAGUAAAGAUCGGGGUACAAAGUCAGAGGCGACCGCCAAGCGGCGACCGCGCUCCAACAUGUCGGGCUAUUGGAGCUCAGACGAUUUGGACAGCAGCGAUUUGAGCAGCUACCAUAACACCAUGGCCAUGAUGACUCUGGGGCGUCCGACUGGCCAUGACAGUCAGGGGGCGCAGACCCGAUACAUCCAAAGCGGCUACAACACUAUCAGCUCCUCCAAAAGCAGUAAUGACAUGAAGUAUCAGGCACAUACUGGGCCUGGUGGUGGUGGAGGAGGCCAUGGGCCAGUUGGGGCAGGAAGAACACUGACAAAUGACAAUGACUAUAUGAAAGGAGGCUCCUGGUCCACACUGACAAUGGGCCAGCCGAGACAUGUGAUCCAGAAGGGCUCAGCUACUCUGGACCGGUCUAUGCUCAAGUCCAAAUCCUGCCAACCUGAACUAACUUGCAACUACCUGCAGGUUGGACGAAGGGGCGAUUGGAGUAGCACAUUAGGCCGUAGCGGAGGUGCCAACGAGAUCCCAUGUCGGCGGAUGCGCAGCGGUAGCUACGUGAAGGCCAUGGGGGACAUGGAAGACAGCGAUGACUCGGAUGGGAGCCCCAAACCCUCGCCAAAAUCUGCCGCUCGGCGCCAGAGCUACCUCAGGGCUACGCAGCAAUCUCUGAGCGACCAGCUACCCCCACGCAAAACCCUGGAUUACACCUUGUUGCAGGGGGAGCUGGAUGCCCUGUGGUCUCCGCUCCACAGUGUGUCCUCUCUGCAACAGCUGGGCAGGUCAAUGAGCAGCUGUCUUCCAUCUCUCAGAGAGCUCUCCAAUAAUCGCAGCCUGGACAACCUGGACUGCAUCGGGGGUACCGUCUCAUCUUCGCCACAGUGGGAUGACGAUGACUUCAGUCAGGCCUGCAGCACCUUGGGCAGACGUAGCUGCUUGGGACAGCUACGGGACCUGGACAUGAGUCAUCACUAUGAGGACCGCAGCUCUGACUCCACAUUCAGAGAUUCCCGUUCGCACUCUCAGGACAACCCAGAGCCUCUAGACUUGCCCAUGCCGACGUGCUUCCGAUCCCGCAGCCACAGCUACCUGAGGGCCAUCCAGGCCGGCUGUUCCCAAGAUGACGACACGGCGUCCAUGGACUCGGGCUGCUCGGCUCCUCAUAUUGACGCCUCGGUUCGCAGCUACAACACCAGCACUGACGACCUUUCUACACAGUGGAAGACAUGGAAAGAGCAGUUUGGCUCUUACCUGAUAGCCACUGGCUUGGACAAAGCCCCAAAGGAGAAACAACUUGCAAUUUUUCUUCAGCGUUUUGGGACAGACAGACAACGCAUCCUACCCCCACACACAGUCUCUACAUGCAUAACCACGUGUAAGAAGACUGCCCCUCCCCCAGUGCCGCCCCGUACCACCUCCAAACCCUACAAGUCUGUGACGGUGCAGAGCAGCACAGAGUCGGCCCAAGACAACUACCUGGACCAGCAGGACCGGAGGUCGGAGGUCAACAGCCAGUCGAGCCACGCCCACAGCAACUCCUCUGACAGCCUCGACAGCACGCGCGCCAACAGCCUGGCCCGGGGAAUCAGGCGCCCGCCACACAUCAUCCCCACGCCCAUCGCCAUCCCAAGGGAGCCAAUCGCCCCCACCACCUCCAACGCUUCCACUGAGACGAGUGACUCCGUGGUGCAGCACGAACUGCAGCACGAACUGCUGAGAUCCGGAUUAAACAAGGUGAAUCUUGUGGUCGAGGAGCCCCAAGUGGCACCGGUACCCAGACGGAAACUCUCCUCCAUUGGCAUACAGGUUGACUGCAUUCAGGAAGUUCCACAAGAGGAGACCCCACCAUUGGCCAAAUUUCAAUCAAUCGGAGUACAGGUGGAGGACGGGUGGCAGCUCAGUCGCGCCAGUAGCAUGGCCUCAAAGCAAGAAACCGACUCCGACACACAAGACAUCCCUGUCGUCUCCCACUACAGUAACGCCAAACAAUUUGAGAAGAAAGUCAUGGUGAACAGUGCAAUCCAAGCCAUGAGCUCCCCUCCCGGACCCGGCUAUUUAGACAACGGAGACACUCCGGGUGACGCCCCUUCACCUCCACCUCCCAGGCAGAUCCUCAAACGCUCCACCACGCGCAGUAGCUCUUCCUCCUUCUCGGAAAGCCUGGACCCGGCUCUGGACCCCUCGUGUCUACCGCCUCCAGACCCUUGGCUGGAGAGCGGCAACGGGAGUAACGGCAGCGUUCCCCAGGGCGGAAGCGGGGGAACGCUGUGUCGGAGAGACGGCCACUGGUUCCUGAAGCUGCUGCAGGCCGAGACGGGCCGCAUGGAAGGCUGGUGCCAUCAGAUGGAGCAGGAGACCAAAGACAACCAGCUCUCAGAAGAGGUGCUGGGGAAGGUUCGCAGCGCAGUAGGAUGUGCCCAGCUCCUGAUGGCCCAGAAAUUCCAGCAGUUUCGGGGACUGUGUGAACAAAACUUGAAUGUGAAUGCCAACCCGCGGGCCACAGCCCAGGACCUGGCAGGUUUCUGGGACCUGCUGCAGCUCUCCAUCGAGGACAUCAGCCUCAAGUUUGAUGAGCUCUACCAUCUCAAGUCCAAUGACUGGCAGCCCAUGCCGUCUGCGGCUGCCCAGUCGCCCCCUGGGCGGAAGGGCGAGGAGAAGGAGUCCGCCAUAAAGAAGCCCGGUAAGGGACGACCGUCGCUGGGCCGCGAGAAGAGCACGGACUCCUCAUCCGCCUCCUCCACGGCCUCAGCCGAGAAGCAGAGACACGAGGCUCGCAAGCGUCUGCAAGCUGCUAAAAAGGCUGCCUCCUUUCGCCAGAACUCCGCCACGGAGAGCGCGGACAGCAUCGAAAUCUAUGUCCCCGAGGCCCAGACCCGCCUCUGAGACGCUGAGGAGGAAGGAAACUAGGGUCGGAAUCAAAGGACAGAUAAGUGUCGCUGAAGUACCUGGAAAAGGGAGUGGAAAUCCUUUGCAAUGCAAAUGAGCUAAUCAGAGUCCAAGUUGGGGGAGGAGAGAUACGAUUCGGUUAGAGUGGGCCGGGGAGGUGAAUGGGGCACUUUACACACAAUCAUGUGGUUAUGGGCCUGUCCUGGUGCCAUCAAAUACUCGCUUAAAAAAGAAAAGAAAAUGAAAUUAAAAUGUUUGCUUUUGAGGACUCCUCAGACUGUAAAGCAGGAGUCACUUCAUUAGUGGCUGCCUUUGAAAACCUCAGCUGAUGAACUUAAGUCAUUUCUUGUAACUACUCUUGAUAUCAUACAAUUGUUAAUGAAGCCAUGUUAUUAUGACAAUUAUAUCCUAAAGUAACUACACAAAGACUGUUUUUAAUCAUUGCUCUAUCUUGGCUAUAAGAUAUUUUAAGUGGACAGAAGGCAAACAUUACUGCUGUUCUGUCUCCCAUUGUCGUCCUCUCUUCCCAGAUCAUUGGCCAUCUUGUAGCUUUGCACAACACCUUCCUGUGGCCAUCUCACACACACACACACACACACACACACACACACACACACACACGCUGUAUGUCUUGUUUGUAUUUAUUUGUUUACCUAUUCUUUGUUUCGUCCAUUCAGUUCUUGUUAGAUCUUGUUAUGAAUAUUUUUGGUAUGAUAAAAUUGGAUGUCAGAUUUCAAGGGUUAUUUAUAUAGCUCCUUAAAAUUAACUUUUGUGUUUUUGUCAAUGUUCUUUUGUCAAAGAUUUAAACACCAUUGAUAACCUGUAACACAAAGUCUCAUAGUGUUUCUUAAUAAAAGCACAUCCCUAUGAUAAUGAUGACCAAGCACUAGGGUCUUAAGUCAUAACUUCAGUUGACACACAUUAUUUUUCUUUUGACGGAAAAUGUCUUUUUUUUUUUCUCCAAACUUUCCAUUCCAAUCACUUUGGUUUUGAUGUCUGUGCUGUAACUGCAGAUUCUGAAAUAGUUUGGCUUGGAUAUGCGUUUGUUUUAUUUGUUUAACAUUUCUUUCUAAAGUGCUUUUAUUAACCUCACUUAGCAUUCAACUCAAACGAGCUCAAACAAAUUUAGGCCUUUUUAUUGAAAUAAUGCAGUAGGCUGAUUGUGCAGGGUAAUGUGUUAUUGUUUGUGGGGACACACAAUCAGACAUGUGUCUUGCCAUUAUAGUUUUAUACCAUGAUUCCAAAAGCAUUUGAUUUACUUUGCCUCCAAUCUCUCAAUAAAUGAAAUCCUAAAUGUGUUGCCAUUAUUGUUCCCCCACAUUGAACAUUAUCCCAAAUACCUGCACUUUUUAUUAAAAGAAACGUAUUUAAUUCUAACCUUAAAUAAAUGAGUUGUGUUUUCAUUUAUUAAAUGCGACUAGCCUUUUUUUUUUUUUUUUUUUUAAAUGGAGACUGCAUGCCAAAGAUGAAUUCAUCUGACUUGUGUCAGCGGCAGGGAGCUCACAGCACUUACUGUCCAAGUAGAAUGGAGUAAAGCCACAGCAUUGUAUUUAUUUCAGAAAUUCUCAUCACGACAACUGAGUUGUUGCUCAGCAGCAAGACCAGACAGGAAAAUAUCUAAAUGUCUUAUUUCUGACCUCUAGAGGGCAACAGUGCUUAAUUACUAUUAAAUACACGGUAGAUCGUAGUAUACUGUGACAUUUUGUAAAACAAGGAGCCCUCUACUGUUCUACAUUGUGUGCACUACAUUUUUUUUUUCAGGCUCUCGUAUGAAGCCAAUUUCCAACACAAAGACUCCAUUUGUCUUUUUUUGAGCCAUUCACAGAGAAACCUGUGAAAUUUAGCUUAGAAGUACAGAUCCAACCUGACAUCCACCACAGUUGUUUGUCUGUCUUCCAGUCACAUUUGGUUUCUUCCGACUGCUAAACAAACAUGACUUCCCCUUGUUAAUUAGCUAUGCUAAGCGGUUACAAUGUCAUUGCGUUGGCUGCUGCAAUGCUUCUUUCGCACCUACUCAGACCCAAAAAAUGCAGCCAGGGGCUUUGAAUUGGAAGUGAGAUGACGACCGUUAUCUCUCUCUAUUGGCAAGAGCUUUCUGUUGAUGGCAGGCCUUUGUUUGCCUGUUGUGUUUGCCAGCUGGAGAUGACUCCCAGCAAGGAAAAUGGCUCAAAGGUGUCAAUAGUCAGUUCCCCGGUUGCUGUCAAUGCCCCCCUCUCUUUUAGUGGGGUGGAUCGCAUCGUUAGCACCUGAAGGCCUUUUGUGUGACUGGAACUCAGCCGGUGGCUUGAUUAGAUUUGAGAAUGCAGGGAAAAAGUAGUUUGUCUGACGAGUUGUUUUUCUGGAAUCAUCGUGGUUUAGAUACGGCUGCUUCAAUGUUUACCACAAGUUGAAAAUAAAAAAACGACAUUCUGAUGAUCUUAAUGUGAAGGAUAUUGAAUAUUCUGUCUUAAAAAACACUAUCACGUUCAAAUCUCUUUCUCACAUCCAACUACUGCCAGAAUAUUUUUAACAUUCAGAACAGUCUCAUAACAUAUCAUUUCCUUUUCUUCCCAUUUUCCACAUUUUUUGUAACCCAAACCCUGCUGUCUGUCACCCUUUGUCACAAAAACCAUAGGUCGGCCUGACACAUGAAAGUUUGCUGAGAGAAAGUAGUUCAAGCAAUCUAACCAUGCUUGUUAGAUCCGUUAAAUUGGAUGUGUAAAAAGCCCAAAAGUGUCAGUAACACAUGUAAAGAGAGUUCAUGCAUUUAUACAAGACUUCCCUCCAAUACACACAGAUACCACUGGGACACACCUAUGUCUACUUCCUGUGUAGAGUUAUCCAAGAUCCAAACAGCUGCGUCUUUAAAACCAUUGAUUUGAGGGUGAUCCCACCCCCCCAACCCUCAUUCUCCCAACCCCCCCUUCCCCUCAUAUUGGUUUGAUGGCUCUGGCCUUUCAAAGUCAACACUGCCACGCUAUGAUUUGCUCAAGCAGAACUCUGUUGUGGCAAAGCUUCAUUUUAACAUAUCAACUUGAUUUUCAUUGCUUCCGUUCAUCUGCACUCCUUCAAUCACAAAUAAUGAAGUUAUCGUUCAUGAAAAAAAAGUUUCAAUUUUAGCAAGAGUAAUAACACUUUAUUUAUGUGGCUUUUGUCAAAAUUGUACCAUAUCUUCUGUGACAACACUGUACCCUUUUUAUUUCUAACUUUUUCCCCUCUAAAAAUGGGUCUGACAUCACACCUUAUAUAACCUUUAGCUACUCUUGGAAAUUGUUUUGUUUUCCGCAUUCCAGGACUGAGAAAAUAGUUUCAUCAGUACCGGCUACAGGAGAAGAGAGACUGUUAAAUCCCAGUGAGAGUACAACCUCGACUGGGAUACCACUCACAUACAGUAGUCUAAAAGGCCCGCUUACGAAUAACAAGCUCAUUAGCAUCUGUGCUUUGUUCCUCUGAGUCGGCCAUACAACUGGGAAGGGGUGAGGGGCAGAGCUCAGGGUAGGAUUUAGCAAAAAAGUGUCUGUAAAAAUACUAGAACAUAUAUUUUAUGAAGCAAGCACCUAUUUUAAAGAAUACGAUUUGUUCAGCAUUAUACAAAGUAGGCUGUAUGUCAGGGUUUGGGUUUCGGGUUAAAUAUGAGAGGGUGUAUUGCUUGAAACAAAAGUUGUGAAUGAGUGGCCGUGCUGUUCAGAAAACCUAGAUCUUCUUGUCACUAUACUCUAAUCAAAUUUAAAGUUUAUGUGCAAUACUGAGUAAAGGGGUUCUUUGAUAUUAAUAUUAAACUAAUAAUCUUGCAUUUCUCCCCCUGUGCUUCUUAAAGUUGUCUUCUGUAAAUAGACCAGACUGAAAAUCGUAAUCUUUUACAAUGCUGUAGAUCUAUUUAUACUAUUCCAAGGUUGUUCAAAUGUAUAAUGGAGAGAUGUAACAUUCAAUAAAAUGCACAAUACUUUCUCAAAAAGUC